AUGUUUUGUGAAGGCCUCUCUCUAGACGCCAAGGGUCGAGUCGUUGCAACAGGUCAGUGCAACAUCUGGGCAUAUACAUACUUGACAUUAACGAUGGCAGGUGGUAAUGAUGCUGCCAAAACGAGUAUAUAUGAUCCAGAAAUGAGUUCAUGGACAGCAGAAGGACAUAUGAAGAUCCCUCGCGGCUAUCAAUCUAUGGUUACACUCUCCAACGGCAAUCUUUUUACGAUCGGUGGGUCCUGGAGUGGGAACGAGGGCGGCAAGAAUGGGGAAAUCUACAACCCAUCAACGAAUAAUUGGACCCUAGUUCCUGGUGCACCAGUUGCUCCUAUGCUGACCAACGAUGCGCAGCUGGUAUACCGUGCUGAUAACCAUGGAAUGCUCUUUGCUUGGAAGGGUGCAACGAUCUUCCAGGCAGGACCGAGCAAAGCUAUGAACUGGUAUGGCACCAAUGGAACGGGCAGCCAGGUAGCGGCGGGGGAUCGCGCUGAUGGCGACGCCAUGUGCGGAAACGCGGUCAUGUAUGAUGCUACGGCAGGAAAAAUUCUGGUAGUCGGUGGGGCAAUUGAUUACCAAGGCGCCAAUGCGACGGCAAAUGCCAAUAUCAUCACGAUCGGUACCGCGAUGAGUGCAGCCACCGUCCAGACAAUCAGCCCGAUGUCUUACCCAAGAAUCUUCGCCAACGCGGUUGUACUUCCCACAGGAGCAAUUUUCAUCUCGGGUGGCCAAGAAUAUGGUAUUCCCUUUUCUGACAACGGCAGCCAGCUUCAACCGGAAAUGUGGGACCCUGUGUCUACCAAUUUCACAAAACUCGCACCCCAGGCCAUACCCCGUAACUACCACUCAAUCGGGAUCCUCCUACCGGACGCCACUAUCCUAUCCGCCGGGGGUGGCCUGUGCGGAGCCUGUGCGACAAAUCACUACGACGGCCAGAUCUACAGCCCAAGCUACCUGUUCAACCCCAACGGCAGCCGAGCCAUCAGACCGGUCAUAGAAUCAGCCCCCUCUCAAGUCGGCGUCGGCGGAAUUCUAACCGCGACCACAGACUCGCCAGUCACCGCUUGGGCCAUGCUUAGACUCGGCGCGACAACGCAUACCGUGAACACGGACCAGCGGCGUAUCCCGUUGAACGCCACCGCCAACGGCACCACUUACACCAUGACGUUGCCCCUCGAUCCGGGCGUUUUGGUCCCCGGCUAUUACUAUCUGUUCGCGAUGGGUGCGGGGGUGCCCAGUCUGGCGAGGUUCGUGUCGGUCCCGGUGCCUUGA